GGUAACCCUAGUGACCUUGGCGAUACUGACGGCUAUGGCGUACCUCGUAAGAGUCAGCUCUGUUUGUCAUAGGGGAGUCCGACCUCUGUUAUUUCGCAGUGCUUCUCUCAUAAGACCUUUAGCUGCACCUAAAAAGGAUGAGGGUCACUCCUCUUUGCUCACAGCUCGGAUACAUGCAACACCCUCUCAUUAUGCAGUCUCUGGGUCCAGUUCAGCCUCGCAUCACUGGAAGGGAGAGCGGGCCCUGAGUGUGAUUCUCCUCAGCAUGGGCCCUCUGGCCUAUUUCUACCCAGGCACUGUCAUGGACUACUCCCUGGCUGCAGUGCUCACGCUACACGCACACUGGGGCUUGGGCCAGGUCAUAACAGAUUAUGCCAAAGGAGAUUCUAAGAUCAAGAUGGCCAGGGCAGGCCUCUUCCUUCUGUCAACUGUCACCUUCGCAGGUCUCUGCUACUUCAACUACCAUGACGUCGGGAUUUGUAAAGCCGUGGCUCUCCUGUGGAGCAAAUAGGAAGGCUGGUCUGAGGUGUUGGCAAGUGGUUUGGAUCCUGGAGCUUUUGUCAUUAUGAUUCAAUUGAUUUCAUUUUGUGAGAUUAUAUUUGAAUUCUCUAAAUAUAUGAUUUUGACAAAUGCGGCAUUGAUUCACGGCUGUUUAAUAGCUGUUGAGCAAUUCAUUUUUUUUCCCCUGCUUAAGAUAUGACAGUGUACCUGUGAGGGGUCUGGCCCAGACAACAUGUUUUGGUCGCUUUGUGCUAGUGUUUUAUUUUGUUUCAUCUUAAAAUCACUGGCCGUAUUUUACAUGAUUAACUUUCAGGAAGGGAAAAUAUAAUUGUCUACUGAUUUGUUAAGACACCUCAAUUGUUUGCUGUCAUCAACAACUUCAAAAAUAAUUCUUAAUAUACUCUAUUAUAAUAAUCUGUAAACAUGUCAGACUCAUGAUUUCAGUUUAGUUCUACACACCUUAAAUCUUGUAUGAAUUUUUUGUGGAUCUAAUUUGGUUUGGAUUAUUUGGGGUGUUUUGUGAACUUUAGAAAUGUUAAAUGGUAAUAUAAAACUAUUACUUUGUCUGCCUUUUUAAAGACUGCAAGCCUAGCCAGCAUUAGACAUCCCUAUUUGCCUUGGUCUUCUUUAAGUGGCUAUGGCUUUUGCGUGAAAGACUGCUGUCGGUGUUUCCGCUUUGGAUAGUGGUAAUUUACACAGACUCUUUCAUUCAGAUUGAGUAUGUUUUGAAAGUUUGGGAUCUAUAUGUAAUCCACAAGCAACACCUUGUGAUUUGGAGUCAUUUGCUUAAGUUCACUGUGUGUGUCCGCUUCGUGAGCACAGGCAGCGACUCAGUCUGCUGUAAAGUUUUGAAUUCGGUGACUUUUGCUCUAAGAAUUUGGGGCUAUAAGCCAUAUAUGAACAGUUUUAGAUAACAGUAAGGGAACAUAAUGAUAAUUGUUAACAUAAUUACAUAUGAUGCAAUAUAUUUGGAAAAGCUCAAGAACUGAUCAUGAAGGAGUUGCCAUUCUCUUAUUGUGUUAUGUCUGCAGUCAGAUUUUAAUGCACAUGUUAGCAGUGGAUAAAGUUAAAUUCGUCUUAAGAUUCCUCAAUAUUAAAUUCACUUCAUGAAGUGUGCGGUUUAUUUUAAUCAAAAAGAUGUCCAAAGCCUGUUGUCUGCUACAUAAAACCAUUUUGCAUGUUUAUGGACUACAUUAUGUUUAAAAUUAUUUUGCCCUCAAGAUUUCUCAUAAAUCUUUAUUGUAGGCAAACUGCAGACCCACUAUGCAUGCAUGGGUUGAUCAACUUUGGAGCUCUACAGAUUAACUGAAGAAUGUGUGGUUGUAGUUUUAUCAUUUUCUUCUCCUUGUACAGAAAGGUCUGAUGGUCUUGUGGCUUUUGGUACAAAUUUCAACAUCAUGUGAAAUUCCCCUCAUGAUAAGAAUUUUAACCCCUAGACUAAAAUCCCCUGGAAAUCAUCUGCAUUGUUCAUCUAUGUAGUAGGAUACUAAGUACCAAGAGGAUUACAUAUUUGUGCAAUGUAUACAAUGUACAUAAAUAUAAAGGACAGACUUACUUUUCUAAUCCUUUUAGGCCAGUUUUAAUCAUGUUACUUUCCAGAUUUUGAAUUAUCUCUGGUUCAACCACCUGAAAAGUCAUUAUAUUCCAACACUAGGUGGAGACAGAACUGCACCUGUAAAACAACACUUUAGCCAUGUGGUGUGUAUGACCCAGAAUUAAAUCACAAAUCUAAUAAACCCACUAGACCAUA